GUGGGGAUCAGUGUGGGGCACACACAUACCCACACUCACACCCACACACGCCUGGGUAACCUCUACAUAUAUAGAGAGGCUUGCUGGCCCUCCUCAAGCGUCCUAAAUGAGGAGGAUCCUCUGGGUCAGGUCCUGCAGGAGUCCCAGGGGAAGCUUGCAGGAGUGCAGGCCCACUCUGAAGACGGAGCCCUUCUCCAGCUUCUUUCUCUUCCAUCCUGAUUCUUGCCACUGGAUGCAGUUAUUAUGAAUAAAUCUGCUAUGGACAUUCAUGUACCAGUCUCUCCAUGGACAAGUGGUCUCAUUUCUCUUGGAUAAAUAUGUAGAAGUGGAAUUACUUGAUUAUUUGGACACUGUCCCUUCCCUUCAUGAUGGCAUGCUCAAGGACCUGCUCCCGCAUCCUGGGGCUGAGUCUCGGGACUACAGCCCUAUUUGCUGCUGGGGCCAACAUGGUGCUCCUCUUUCCUAACUGGGAUGUGACCUACCUGUUGAGGGGCCUCAUUGGCAAGCAUGCCAUGCUGGGCUCUGGGCUCUGGGGAGGAGGCCUCAUGGUACUCAUUGCAGCUACCCUCAUCUCCUUGAUGGGCUGGAGGCGUGGCUGCUUCAGCAAGAGCAGGCCCUGCCGAAGCAUUCUCACUGCUCUGUUGUCAAGUGGCCUGGCUAUGCUUGGAGCUUUGAUUUGCUUUAUCACUUCUGGAGUAGCCCUGAAAGAUGGUCCUUUUUGCAUGUUUGAUAUCUCAUCCUUCAACCAGACACAAGCUUGGAAAUAUGGUUACCCAUUCAAAGAUUUACAUAACAGGAAUUAUUUAUAUGACUAUUCACUCUGGAAUUCUGUCUGCCUGGAGCCUUUUAAAGCUGUCAUCUGGCAUGUGUCCUUCUUCUCCGCCCUUUUGUGCAUCAGUCUCCUCCAGAUUCUCCUGGUGGUCAUUAAUUUCUUCAACACUUUGCUGGACCUUUUCUGCAGCCUCUGUGAGAAGUCAUAACUGAUGCUCUUUCAUGGACGGGAGUUUUCAUCAGGAGCUGCCUUGAAUCCUUUCUGCUACUAGGAUUUAUGGGUAUGAAUGAUAAACAAACUUCCCUUUUAGGUAUUCCUGUAGUAAUAAUAAUAAUUCCUUGUAUGCAUAUUGUAAUGCAUUUUAAAUCACAUUGUAAACUGCAAGAUGAUAUAUUAGUAGGAGGAAUACUUGUCAUUAUUAUUGUGUAAGAGCUCACAGUCCAUAAAAUGUCCUCCAGUUAUGAUCUCACUUCAGCCUCUCAAGAACCCCAUAAAAUUUGCCACAUGUAACAAAGAAAGUCAGAGCUCCUAGAGGAUGGUGGAUUUGCUGCCCAAAAGCUCAACUAGGUUCAGGUAAAGCCAUCACCUGAGCCCCUAACUUCUACAUUCAAGUUCACCAGUUGUUAUGAACUAAACUGUGUGCCCCCCAAAUUGGCAGGUUGAAGCCCUAACACCUAAUGUGAUUUUAUUUGGAGAAAAGACCUGUGAGGAGCUACUUAAGAUUAAACGAAGUCAUAAAGGAAGGACCCUAAUCCAGUAGGGCUGGCAUUCGUAUAAGAAGAGGAUGCAAUUGAUACCAAAUCUCUCUAUACAAGCACAGAGGAAAAGGACAUAUAAGGAUAUAGCCAGACAGCUGCCAUCACUAAGGAAAAAGGCCUCAGUAGACACUAACCUUUUUGGCACCCAGCUCUUGAACUCUCAGCCUCCAGAAAAUAAAUUUUUGUUGUUUAA